UUCAACGAAAAAAUAGGGUUAAUUAGUAUCUUACAAGUUAAAUGAAACAAAACUAACAUUUCGGCCUCCAUUCUUGUCUCUCUCAUGCAUGCCGCUGCUCUCGGAUCACGAGAGCAGUCAAUUCAAAUCAAAAGUACUACGUACGCCAGCCACCGGAAAUAAUUCAAAACCACACCAAUGCCGAAAGCUCCAUUAAUCCUCUUCUCCAUAGUUUUCUCCACAUAUCUUCUCCUCCUAGCUGCCGUCUCGGCGCAACCCAACACCCAUCAGUUUAACCUUGGCCAUCGCCCGGUAUUGCAUAGGAGACUUGGUAGUGGUUUUGAUGAUGCCGCAAUUAACGCGACGCAAAACAAACUUCUCUAUGCACAGGAAGCAACAAGAAAUAGUGGCCACCUAGUAGGGAAUAGGAAGAAGCACCAUUCGAUUUCGCAGGAGUUCCUCUUUGCCCACAAUAAGGUCAGGCAACAUUUUAAUGAGCCGCUGCUAGAAUGGGACAAGAAACUUGCUCGCUAUGCCCGCCGAUGGGCCUCAAAGCGCUCAAAUGACUGUAAGAUGAUCCACUCAUACGGUCCGUACGGUGAGAACUUGUUUUGGGGCAAGCGAGACCACUGGACACCGACGGAGGCUGUGCAAUCGUGGGUUAGGGAGCACAAGUUUUAUAAUUCAGGGAACAACGAAUGCGCUCCUGGUCAAAUGUGCGGGCACUACACACAGGUUGUGUGGAGGGACACAGCGAGGCUAGGAUGUACGCGCAAGAAGUGCCAAAAUGGAGGUUUGUUUGUUAUUUGUGUAUAUGAUCCGCCUGGAAAUUACGUUAAUGAGAGCCCCUUUGGAACGAUUAACCCAACUACACAGCCAAUUACAACACCAUAAUCUUCAUCGCCUCCAUAGACAUAACCACCGUCGAGUCCAACCUGCAGGGUGCCCAAGCAAGAAUGCUGUAGUGGAUUGGGUAUCGAUCGAGACGUAAAAGCAGAGAUUAAUAUGUGUUGGUCAGGCGGCUUAUAAUUAUAUAUAUGCUUUUGCAGCUUUUGUUUUUCCUCGUCUAAUUAUCUUCUUGCUUAAUUAAGAAUUUUCAUUUUAUGAUAUAAAACCAAUACAGCAGAUCAACAGCCAUUGGUUUUAUGGAUUCCAUCUUAUAAAGCAAACGUUAAUAUUUACUAAUAAGCA